UGGACUAAUAUAGUUGCCUCGGGCUCGGGUCUGAGUCUCAAGCAUGAACCAAUAAAAUCAAAGGGCGAGUGGGGUUGCCGCCCUCUGUCUUUUUCACCAAUGGCACGACGAAAUGGCAAAGAGGCGUGGUUGAGUGAUCCUAGAGGGCGCCAAUCAGAUCCACACCAAUCCCUGCUUGGAAUGUGUGCGCGUGUGGCCGGGUGACAGGGGCGGAGGAUGGGCGGUUAUCACCAAGCCGCUCGUUGAAAGCUGCCCAAUCACAGCAGAGGCUGAGUUGAGUGACGGGCAGAAGGCUCAAUGGGCGGCGCGGAGGCGGAGCCGUGGGGGGUGCGGGCUCCCGGUCCCGCUGUCGGCGGCCGGCGGGCAGGCGACUCCUGUCCCGGGUGGAGGCGGCUGAGCCGGAGCCGGGGGAGGGGGCAGCGACUGUCUCACGGACCACGGCAGCGCCCGCAGCUCCUCACCGCACCCCCACUACAGGCCCGAGGAGCUUUCCGGAGCUUCCCACACUCCUGGGGAGAAGACUUCUUAGCCAGCUUGAUGUUUAAAAUUCAGCUGGAGCCCUUAAAACUUCGAGCGUGGACGCUGAAUGGGUUUGUAAAGUUUCGAAACAAGGAGACCAGUGCUGGUCCAGUGGCUGUGAUGGGAAAAGAUUAUUACAAGAUUCUUGGGAUCCCAUCGGGGGCCAAUGAGGAUGAGAUCAAGAAAGCCUAUCGGAAGAUGGCCUUGAAGUAUCACCCAGACAAGAAUAAAGAACCCAAUGCUGAGGAGAAGUUUAAGGAGAUUGCGGAGGCCUAUGAUGUACUGAGUGACCCCAAGAAACGAGGCCUGUAUGACCAGUAUGGGGAGGAAGGCCUGAAGACCGGCGGCGGUACAUCAGGUGGCUCCAGUGGCUCCUUUCACUACACCUUUCAUGGGGACCCCCAUGCCACCUUUGCCUCCUUCUUUGGUGGCUCCAACCCCUUCGAUAUCUUCUUUGCCAGCAGCCGCUCCACUCGGCCCUUCAGUGGCUUUGAUCCAGAUGACAUGGAUGUGGAUGAAGACGAGGACCCAUUUGGCGCCUUUGGCCGUUUUGGCUUCAAUGGGCUGAGUAGGGGUCCAAGGCGAGCCCCAGAACCACUGUACCCUCGGCGCAAGGUGCAGGACCCCCCAGUGGUGCACGAGCUGCGGGUGUCCCUGGAGGAGAUUUACCAUGGCUCGACCAAGCGCAUGAAGAUCACGAGGCGGCGCCUCAACCCUGAUGGGCGAACUGUGCGCACCGAGGACAAGAUACUGCACAUUGUCAUCAAGCGCGGCUGGAAGGAAGGCACCAAGAUCACCUUCCCCAAAGAGGGCGACGCCACGCCUGACAACAUCCCUGCUGACAUUGUCUUUGUGCUCAAAGACAAGCCCCAUGCACACUUCCGCCGAGAUGGCACCAACGUGCUCUACAGUGCCCUGAUCAGCCUUAAGGAGGCGCUGUGUGGCUGCACUGUGAACAUUCCCACCAUCGACGGCCGAGUGAUCCCUUUGCCCUGCAAUGAUGUCAUCAAGCCAGGCACCGUGAAGAGACUCCGUGGGGAGGGCCUUCCCUUCCCCAAAGUGCCCACUCAGCGGGGAGACCUCAUUGUUGAGUUCAAAGUUCGCUUCCCAGACAGAUUAACACCGCAGACGAGACAGAUCCUUAAGCAGCACCUACCCUGUUCCUAGGCUCUGCCCCAGCCAGUCCAGAGCCUACCACAGCAAUACCCCCAACACUCGCCCCACUCAAUGUGCACCCAGCUUGAUGUCCACUGGACACUGGCAACUUUUUCUAAAAUGCAAAAAAAAGCCACUGGUUUUCAGGAAAAUGUUCCUGUCCCUGACCCCUUUCAGAGCUGGGCUGCCUGGGGGGAGUGGGAGGGAGGUGGGGAAAGCUAGCCCAGGCCAGGGGUCAAUGUUCAUGUCACUAGCUUUGAAUCCAGUUUCCACUGCAGUGGCUGGAAAGUGACCUGAGUGCUACUUGAAGAUAUGUAGAGAUUCCUUAUCCAUGCCUGUACAUAGCAUGUCCUCCUCCCCUCUCAGCUUUGCUAAUACCAGUCCCCUCCCUUCCCUUUGGCUUCCUGCUGUUGGGGGCAGAAGAGAAUAGAAAGGACAUUGCUUUCUCAGCCCCACCCCCAGGUCCACAGUGUCCAAGGUUAUGACACACAUAUUCAUGUACAUGAAGCACUCGCCUAGAGCUGUCUGUGCCUCUCUAGGAGAGAGGAGAGGAGAUAAGAAAGGAAGGUCCAUAACCUGUGAGCAGGGACUUGAGCACGAGACACUUUUCAUCCUGAGCAGGGGGGUGAGCCGGCCUCAGCAGCCUCUGCAACAGCUGCCCUGCCUAUACCCACAGAGCUGGAGGUUCUAUCCUCCCUGCUGCUCUCAGGAGUGUACAAGGGUGGAAGGCAGGGAAUAGGGCCUGAGGUAUUAAGGCUAAGAGGUGGGGGGCAGGGCCCAUCUCCCAGCCUUCAUCAGGAAGGGAAAGAGCUUUGGGGUCAGGUGGCAGCUAUUCCCCACCAAGAGAUUCAGGGUCACAGGUUUCUCCCCAUACCUCUGAACUCAGGGCCUAGCCACCCCCAAACUUCCAAAUCCCACUUUUGUGAUAUGUGAAGCUACUUAUUUCUUACCCUUAGAGGCUAUGUGGGGAAUUCCCAGCCCUUUUAUGCCUGUGUGACCCCACCCCAUUCCCACAGUUGUAUAAAGGUCAUAGUGAAGGAGCUUCGGGGAGACUGCUUUGGCCAGAUCCUGGGGUGGGGUCUUUAGGUUUUCUCACUUUGACAAGCCCCUGAAUGUUUUUAUAGUAGUUUUUUUGUAUUUUUUUGUAAUGACAGUAUUAUGUAAAAAAUAAAGUAUUUUAAAAAUAUGGCA